CUAAGCCAAUUCUAAAACGAAAAUGUUGCGUACCCAAAUUUGUUGCUUUGGUUUUUUAAUUUUAAUUUUCUCUGUGAUGGCAAGACCUGGGUUUCAUAAACAAAAUAAGUUCAAAUCUACAAGAACAACGGAAAAUGCUAUAGAAUAUUUUAUUGAGAAUAGUGCAACCGAAAGUGAAGUGGUUACGGAAACAUCAAGUGAGGAAUCAUUGGAUAAAUAUACAGAGGAGACUUCCGAACAGUCUUCGGAAGAAACAACUGAGGAAUACACCACGGAGUCAUCUACAAGCGAGGCUACAGAAGAGUCUUCGGAGCAGAGUUCGGAACAGUCUUCGGAAUCGACUUCUGAAUCGACUUCGGAAUCGAGUUCUGAAUCGACUUCGGAAUCGACUUCGGAAUCGAGUUCUGAAUCGACUUCGGAGUCGACUUCGGAAUCAACUUCGGAAUCAACUUCGGAACAGACUUCAGAACAGUCUUCAGAACAGUCUUCGGAAUCGACUUCGGAACAGACUUCAGAACAGUCUUCGGAAGAAACCACUGAGGAAUCCAGCACCGACUCCAGUACACAUUCUUCGGAAUCAACUGAGACAACUACAGACUCUAGUGAAGAAUCCGAGGAAUCAUCGAAUGAUACAGAUUCUUCCGAUGACAGUAGUGGAAUAAUUUGGCCAGAUUCUAGUCAGGAAUCUUCCUGGGAGACAUACGAAUGGGAAGACUCGGAUGGGGAUUUUUCUGAAGGAGAUUGGAGUUUAAGUUUCAGUGGAGACUUUAGUGUUGGAGAUUCUGGUGAAUCAUAUUGGGAUUAUAGAUAAAAAAUUGUAACGAAACACAUACCUUUGGUUUUUUUGUCAAUCAAUAAAGUUAAUAUCUAUAGUACACACUAUUAAAAUUUAAA